CCAGCAGAGCUCCAAAGAACGCAGACACAACAGGCUUCUAUCAAACUGGGGAAGAUCUGAGGAGGAACUGAAUGCCUGUCUUCCAUCUUCAUCAAAGCGUUUAAGAAGAUAGAGGAGCAUUUGGAUUAAAGCAAGGGAUCUGUUCAGGUGUCUGUGUGCAGGCAGAGACCUGGCAGAGAGAAGACACCUUUUGACUGGAUAUAUCACAGCUGCUGACUAAAAACCUGACCCAAAACUGGACAUGCACUGAGGUCGCCACAGUGGAGACGAAUAGGGAAAGGGAGACUCCCCCUGGAAAUGUCUUGCUCAAGCACACCUCGGCCCUGCAGGACUUUUUGCUAUCAGAGAUUUUGAAAGCAGUUUUUCAAGUUGAAAGGCAGCGUCCUGACUCACUGUGCCACUCUGCUGCUCCCAAAUGACCCUUGUCAGAUCCACUUCAGCCCAGCAGAGAAAUCCCUGUACUCUGUAACCGAGAAUGUGUCUCACGCCUGAGGCUCCUUGAUGCCUUAAAUCUUUUCUGGAGGCUUUUACGCUGUUGAUUCUGGAGAAGUAUGGGAUCAUGGCUGUGUGGAGGACCUCAUUUUUGGGGAUAAACGCUACAAGCCACAGGCAGCGCCGCAGUCACUGAAGCUGCGAGCCAUGUCAGUGGUCUACUUACAUCGUCUCUGUGGAUUAAUAGAGUUGCUGUUGUCACCCCUGCGUCCCGUUUAAGCUAUAUCUUGGAUUUAGCUCCAACAAUUUGCAGGUUUUAACACAUUUGAACCAGGAGUCAGUUAUGACAAGCAAUGUUUGCUUUUCACCUGGACUGUGUAGGACAUAUUUGCAAGAUCUUUACAAUCAGCUGCCAUCUUCAAUCAAUCUCUGCCUACACAGACUUUGACACCUUCUCCAGUUUAAUGCAGGAGCAAGCCAUCAUAUAGCUCUGUCCAAAUUGGCUCUUAAACAUCCGGGCCUGACCUCUGACCCCUGAUCUGCGAACCUGCAAUGAACUGCACUCCUAAUGCCACCAUCACGCCGCAGCUGGGACUUGUCCUGAGCCCAGGGUCUGGAGACGGAGGGUCUCAGGAGAGCGCUGGUGGUGGAGGCAGUGGAGGCCUUUGGGUGACGUCCCUGCUCGGUGCCACGCUGAUGAUGAUGUGCGCCAUGGGUGUGGCAGGCAACAUGUACACGCUCAUCAUCACGCGCUCAGCCGCUUUGCGCCGGAUGGGCUCCAUGUACGUUUACAUCAUCAAUUUGGCUCUGGCUGACCUGCUCUACUUGUCCACCAUCCCCUUCGUGGUCUGCACAUACUUUGCCCAUGACUGGCUGUUUGGUGAGGCCGGUUGUCGUAUCCUGCUGAGUCUCGACCUCCUCACCAUGCACGCAAGUGUCUUCAUUUUGGUUGCUAUGAGCGUGGAACGCUACCGUGCCGUGGCCAGGCCCUUCAGUGCCCACAGGUCCUCGUCCCGCAGGCGAAAGCUAGUGGCAGGGAUUAUCUGGGGCACAGCUUUCGUGCUGACGCUUCCCAUGAUGGUGAUGAUCCGACUCAGGGUGGGCAAACCGACUGCGGCUGGUUUGGUUAAGAGGAUCUGCUUCCCUACCUGGACCCCGGAGGCCUUCAAGGCGUAUAUCACCGUCCUGUUUCUCACAAGUGUUUUAGUUCCGGGAUUGGUAAUCGUUGGGCUGUAUGUGGGGCUAGCCAGGCGUUACUGGUCAGCGCAGGCUAGCCUAGGAGGUAGCGGCCGUUCUUCCCGGCGGAGAGGACUCAAACAAAAAGUCGUAACAAUGAUCUUUAGCAUUGUCGUGGCCUACUGGGCUUGUUUCUUGCCUUUCUGGGCAUGGCAGCUGGCCAAACUGUUCUCCUCAGAGUCCCUCAGAGCUCUGUCUCCGGCUGCUCAUAAUUAUGUGAAUUUCUUUGUCACGUGUCUAACCUAUGGGAACAGUUGUAUCAACCCAUUUCUUUACACUCUUCUGACCCGGAACUAUAAAGAUUAUUUGGCACAGAAAGGCCAGUCUGUGGGCUCGAGCAGGGCUGACCCCGGGUCAGUUAUGACCACGCCACUGCAGGACCUUUAGUGGAUGAAUAAAUGAUUGAGCGUAGGCACUCGAGCAAGAACAUGCUGUUAAUGCCCUCAUCAGCCUGAGAUGGGACAUUUUUGUUACAGCAAUUUUGUACAAAACUGAAAAAUGUCAUAUUUUUGAGAUGCUUGUAAACUGAAACAGCACUUUCUACGAACUGGCUGCAAACAUAUGCUGUGUGAUGCUACACGUUUCCAGCUCUGUUGAGAAGCAGAACCAAAGCUGUUAAGGAUUUGGAGAACUCAAGCACAGCAGGUGGAUGUUUGCUAACAUGAAAGCCUGACUUUAAGUCUCCUGGUUGGAGGACAAACAGCACAAACGACACAGUACUGGAUUUGUGUUCUGCAUUGUAUAUUCUAACACUUAUCCGUGUACAAAUUCUGCCUGUCUAACAAUCUCCAGUUCUGCGCAUUGGAUUUGUAUCUUUAAGCUGCUGAUAUUUGAGUUCAAAUGUUUUUACCAAAUUAAAAAUGUUUGAAUUUGCAUUAGAAAGGCAACAAAAAGGGAAUUUUUUGGUAGUUCUGAACAUAUUUUGGAAGAAAUACUGGUCACAAGAAUUCAUACAGCAAUCAAUUACUGUAAAAAAAGAAAAGAAAAGAAAAAAGUAUAAUGUUUGGACAAUGGAAUCAAAUGCAAAGACCUGCUUUCAGUUUUUCUUGCACUCUCCCAUUUUCCGUCCACCUUGCACACAUGCACAAACUCGCAUACGUACCGAAAAGGAUAUUUCAUCUCCUUCCAGGGAAUGUGGUUGCAUCGUGUCACAUUCCUCAGCCUCGGGCCACCGCUUCUUUGA